GAGCCUCUCUGAGCACCCGCCACGUCGCGUGCGCGCCGCGACAUAUAUCGGCAGAGAACACCGCUCGCUCUCUCCCAUGACCCAUCCCAUUCCCACCCCCUCGCUCUCCGCUCCGGCCUCCGCGCGCCUCUCGAUCCUUCUAGGGGUUAGGGUUUGGUGUGGUGGCUCGAUCUGAAUCUGCUACUGUUUCGAUUUGGGGGCACGGUGCACAGGAUGCGGCGGCGCCAGGGAGCAGGACGGCCGGUCCCUGAUCCUGCCCAUCUCCAACUGCGAGGCGAGCGAGAAGUACAGGAGGGAGAAGAAGCAGGAGACCAUGCUGACAGCCCACCACAUGCUGUGGGCGAUGGCGACGCUGGGGUCUCAGAACCUCUCGAGCUCGACCUGCGCAAGUACAGAGAGGUACUACCUUCCACAAUGGAGGUGGAGCCAAACCCUUUUCCUGUGCCUGAAGUUAGGGAUUGGUCUGAGCUCCCAGUUGAUGCUCUUUCUGCUAUCUUCACAAAGCUUGGGACCAUUGAGAUCCUGAUGGGAGCAGGGCUUGUGUGCCACUCAUGGUUGGAGGCUGCCAAGUUGCCUGAGCUGUGGCGUUUCGUGGACAUGACCGAGCACAAGGUGGUUUUCUCGAAGGCGGAAAGCGUCAUGUGCAAAAUGGCAAAGGUGGCCAUAGAUUGUUCUGACGGACGGAUGGAGUCAUUCUGGGCACAGUAGUUUGUCAGUAGCGAACUCCUGGAUUACAUUCCAAGCAGAGGCAACUCUUUGAAGAGCAUCCGAAUCAUCGACUCCAGAUCAGAUUCCCUUUCGCCUGACGCAGUUACUAGGCUUGUAGCUAAAUGUCCAAUGCUAAAACAGAUGGAGUACUCGCAUCAGUAUGGUGACAGCUAGUGGGAAGACUACUUGACUUCGUAUGAAAUGGUGGCUCGUGCCGCCGAUUACGGCGAGGUGGCAGCAAUGGAGUAUGAUGGCGACUAUGGUGACGUCUAUUGGGAAGACUCCUCAAAUCCCUCGUCCCCUGAGGGAGACUGACUGGGGCAACGUGAGCUGUGAAUGUGAUGGCACCUGAUACUACCAAGUUCCAAUGUUCCAUGAUUAGUACUCUCUCUGAUCUUCUCCCGGUGCCCCUGUUCUGUGUUGCUACCCAUGCAGCUGUGUCAUCUUCAGUAGUCGGAAGCCACUGUGUUAACUGUUUUGGAUCUUGGAUGGUUGUGUUAUAUGUUAUCCUGGAGGAGGCCUUUUGGCUGCAGACAAGCCAGUGUUGCUUGAACUAGCCUACGUUACCAGUAGUGUGUGUUUUACUAGUUGUGUAAUAUAGCUGGACAGGUUCCUGCCUGCAUGCGUGUGUUUUACUAGUUGUGUAACAUAGCUGGACACUGGACACAGGUUCCUGCCUUCAUGUUUUUCUCGUUGCAUCUGCUAAUGGUUGUAUAUGUGCCAGGCUGCCGGCUGCCAGCAGGGGCUAGUUUGUGAUCUGACGGCCUCUUCUCCGAUAGUUAGUUCCCAUGAAACAUUUUAUGGGUGUUGGAGCAGGCCGCAGAACAUGCUACGAAGUGAAACCUGCAAUCUUGUUGUAUGAAAACCUGUAUCUUGCGUACAA